GAUGCAUGUAAGGUGUCAGGCACCAUUGUGAGUUUGCAGAGUGGCUCACAUGUCAUCAGCUCAUCAUGGUCAUCGUCACUACCACCACCCAGGGCUUUGUGACGGAGGCACUCACUCUCUGGAUGGGCAGAAGAGCACUGACCCAGCCAGAAGCUUUUAGGCUGCUGGUGGAAGGUCAGACCGAAUACCAGGAAGGCAGUGCAGCAAGAUGGACUUGGGGAAGGAUGAAUGUCAUUUGAAACAGUGUGAGACACCUGACCCACAUCGGAGAGAGACCCAGGCUCCAGUAAUCACUGGAACCUGGAUUUUACGAAACAGAGAACAACUCCGAAAAAGAAAAGCGGAAGCACAGGAGAAGCAAACUUCGCAAUGGCUGCUAGGAGAACAGAAAAAACGCAAGUGGCAGAAAACAGAGAAAGGAAAUCCAAGGGGCAGAAGGAGACAACAAAAUACAAAGCAGAAGGGGGAUCCCCAGUCACAGACAGAAGCAACAGAGAAAGUCUUGACUCCCUUAGAGAAAGACACUGAGCCUCCUACAAGUGUGACAGAAGCCCCUCCUUCAGGGCUCUCCCCACAGCAAGUUGUGCCUGAGGAGCAUCUUCCUGAAACAUGCAAAGAAAGCAAUAGGCCCUGUGCACAUCCCUCUGAGUACCAAGAAAUAGUGGUACAAAGCAACGCUUCCAAGAUAUGCCACAAUAUGGUCGAAGCUGAAGACUCUUCUAAAAUGGACCAAGAAACAGGUGUACUUCAAGACCAGUCUUCUAAAGCACACCCAGAUACAGUGGAACCUCAAGCACCAUUUCCACCUAUGUGCCAAGAGGCAACUGUAUUUCAAGACCAGCCUUGCAACGUGCACCCACACAAGGGUAAGCCUGAAGAUCUCUCUCCUAAAAUGUGCCCAGAGGCAAUCACACCCCAAACUCUUCCUUCCACACCAUCUGAAGACACAGCUGGCCUGGAAGGAUGCUCUCCUGAAGCAUUGCCCAAACCAGAUGUGCCCCAGGACUGUGUCCUUGACGCAUACCCUGAAACAGCUGGACCUGAGAAAGUCGGUUCUGAAACAGAUCAAGGGAUCACUGACACCAAAGGCUUCUUUCCUACAGCUGUGCCUAAAGAUCUUUCUACAAAAAUAUACCAAGAAGCAGUUGAACCUGAAUACUUGUCUGAUAAAACGGGUGAAGAAAUUGCUGUACCUGAAGCCCCCUCACAUAAAACAAUGCAAGAAACAUCUGCUUCUGAGGGAUAUCCACCUGCAAUAGAUCAAGAGAUACCUGAACCUAAAGAAGAUGCCCCUGAAACAUACCAAACCACUCCUGUGUCUGAAGAAUAUCCACCUGCCACAGAUCAAGAGACACCUGAGCCUGAAGACGAUGCACUUACCACAGGCCAAGAGACACUGGGGCAAGAAGAUGAUGCACCUGAAACAUAUCAAACAACUCCUAUGUCUGAGGAAUAUUCACCUGCCAUAGGCCAAGAAGUAUCUGGUCCUGAAGAAUAUUCACCUGCUAUCGACCAAGAGACACCUGGGCCUGAAGACCUCUCUGUUAAGACGCACAAAAACAAGGAGGAGGUGCCUAAAGAAUGCUUUCCAGCCUCAUCCCAAGAAACAGGUGGGCCUGAUGCUCAGGCUGCUGGAGCAUACCAGGAAGAUGCCAUGGAUGUGUACACUUUUCCUCAAGAAAUGAAAGAAGAAGCCCCAGAAGCAGCAGCAGACACGGCGGCUGUACCCAACAUCGCUCAAGAGAUUCGGCCAGAAAAUGACAUCUAUAGUUACGUUUUAUUCUAACAGUGCUCAACGAUAAAGUUGCAGUCCAAUGGAAUAA